GAAUUUAAAAAAAAUCGUUUGCGGUUUCUGGUCAAAACUCUUAAAAUUAUUAAUUAUAAUUAGACUCAGUUUCUAUUAAAAAAACACUAGUGGACGAAAAGUUAUAAAUUGUGAUAUUUAUUGAUAUAUACAUGCAGCUAAAUAAAAAAUGUCUGACUGGCUUUUCUGCCCUGUUUAUUGCUAUUGGCAUUUCUGUCAUAAAAGUUUUAUAUCUUUGCUCUGCGUGAUGCUUGGUAUUUGAGAAAAGGACGCAGGUGGACACAGUUGAAAAACAGACAAGCCAAUCAGAUUGCUCCGUCCUCCUUUAGCCAAUGACAGGCGCCACAUUGUUGUCAAAUUUGUCUAAUGAAAACGUAGGAGAGCAACAAUAGAGAGAGAGGGGGAUCUGUAUCCACUGCGAUCUCUCGAGGAAGUUAGUGUCUCAGGCUGGAGCAGGGAGAACGAGCUCAGCUCACAUUUCCUCAAGCCGCUCGCCUCGUUAAUCAUCGAUCCUUCGCUCUGUUUCUUUAGCUGGAAACUUUUGUUUGGGAAACUUAAUAACUUAAUAACUCUGGACAAUUCUCUACACGCUCAAAGGCACAAAAGCAGUCUUAACUUUUAACUAAUGGACUGAUUGCGACAAAAAAAUAUAUAUGUAUAUAUAGAAUUACUGAAACGCUUUGGCGACGUGUUUUAAAAAAUUCUGAUCACAAAUUUUUUAAAAAUCCACCGUUAAUUUCACAGUUCUGUCGGAUGCGUGCAAUUUCUUUUCCUUGAGACUUUAUCGAAUUGAAGAAAUCGGUUGCUGGUGUUUAACGUCGACGAUCAAUCGCUAGUCCAUCGGGGGCAGAUCAGAUCAUGGAUCUUCGUCCGGAGCUUCCUGGCGCUCAGGCGGGCACACAGGUUCACCCCGGAGCCGCUGCAGCCGCCUCCAUCCCCGUGUCCAUGGCCAGCAGUCUGCUGAGAGGCCCGCCGCUGCUGCUGCGCCCUACAGAGAAAUAUCCCCGCACUCCCAAGUGCGCCCGCUGCCGCAAUCACGGCGUUGUGUCGGCGCUUAAAGGACACAAACGCUACUGUCGCUGGAAGGACUGCAUGUGCGCAAAGUGCACCCUCAUAGCCGAGAGGCAGCGGGUGAUGGCGGCGCAAGUGGCGCUCCGCAGACAGCAGGCGCAGGAAGAAAACGAAGCCCGAGAGCUUCAGCUCCUCUACGGCACAGCAGAGGGGCUCGCGCUGGCCGCAGCCAACGGCAUCAUCCCGCCCCGGCAGAACUACGAAGUGUUUGGCCAAGUUAGCAACGACACCAGCUCUGAAUCUAACAUGCAGAAGUUUGAAUUAUUCCCCAAGACUCCACUGUCAGGAUCUGUGACCCCACAGCCUACAGCUGGAAAGUCUGUAUCUGCUGACACUGAAUCAGUACCUGGGAUCUCAUCCCCAGACGUACACCAUGGCUCUGGGUCCGAAAACGGCGACGGAGAAUCAUACAUCAGCUCUCCAGCUCCCAAACCCAUGAAAGACGGCGAGGAGACACCACCAUCAAUAAGUCCACUUGGCUCAGACUCAGACACAGACAAAGAUGAACAAGAGCCAUCGCCCUCCUCUACUUCGUCUCGCCACAUGAAUGCUAUUGACAUCCUGACCAGAGUGUUCCCCACGCACAAACGCAGUGUCCUGGAGCUCGUCCUCCAGGGAUGUGGGAAAGAUGUUGUCCAGGCCAUCGAGCAAAUCCUCAACAACAGCGGACAAGCCAAACCUCCAGAGGAAACCUGGUCAGCAGAGAGGGUACUCCAGAGCGCCCAGCAGCCCUUGUCCUCUGCUCCAAGGCCUGUCUUACCUGGAACCAUGACGCUCAGCAACCGGUCAGCCUUCUCUCCACUGCAGCCCAAUGGUCCACACUUCGGCGCUGACCCCAGCACGUACCCUCUUGGCACGCCUCUGGGCCUGAACCCACUACGCCUGGCCUACUCGGCACAUGGCCGAGGGCUCACCUUCAUGACCCCAUACUCCACAACAGGCCUGAUGCCCACUCUGGGAUUUAGGCCACCAAUGGACUAUGCUUUCAGUGACCUGAUCAGAGACAGGACUCUCCUACAUAAGGACCAGAGCUACACAAAUGGACUUUAUGGUCCCCUGGUUAACAACACUCCAGAAAAACAGUGAGGCUAUUUCACUGAGGAAAAACAGGAUUGAAAAAAGGUGAAAAGGCUAAUGUCCAUUAGCCCAAGUGUUCUGUGUCUAAAAAAAAAAAAAAAGACUUAAACCCCUUCUAUACUUAUCCUAAUGACAGUCUCUGUACAUAAAGAUUUCUGAUUUACUCACCUGACAGAAUUAUUCAGCUGGCAUAAAGUGACACAGAUCUAGUGCUGGGGUUUAUGUUGACGUUUGUGCUGAUAAUGGUUACCAAAAAGCUCUAAUUUAAACUGAUCUCGCUUGCGGGUCCUGGCUCAAACUAAUCACAUGGAGUUCAAUUUAAAGAGUAACCAGUAUUUUCAUGUAAAUUGCGUAUUUUCAAUUCUUUACAUAUCUGUUACAGUUCUAUUAGAUUAUUUACUGAACGGAUCGAGUCUCCGUGCGAUAAUGGUGCAAUUAAAAGAGUAAUGUUCUCUUCUCACUGUAAAAGAGAGACUAUACUAAUAUUAUUAUACGGUCUUCAAACGUCAUUAUUUUAGCUGACACUCUGUAAAAUUGUGCCAUGUUAAAUGACCAAGACAUGAACAGUUCUGUUAAGAUUAUUGUUACAGAUCUUGACUAAAGUAGAUUCUCUGACUCUCUUUGUGCUGUUGAUAUGUUGUGCUCCCACAAAAGAAUAUGUUACAUUCUGAAACAAUAUCAACUUCAACGUCAUUUGCGCAGAAAACCGUGAAAAAAAAACAUGUUCGUGGUGAAUGAAAUCUUGCUUCAUUGUUACUGCUGUACAUUUAUCUGUGAAUUUUGAUAGAAAUAAAUGUUAUUUUAUACUUAGAUUCU